GUCCAUAAACUAUGGUAUUUGGAAGAAUCCGUUUGACCUCCAAGUAUUCAGCUAAUCAACUACACACGGUCAAGCUGACGACGAGGGCAAUGACAGGCCGCCACAGCCCCAUCGAGCCUCAGCGCGUCGACGCCCCGCUAACACGGUCUGCGACCUUCUUAGUCGUCUCCGUUGCCAACAGCCCCUCCGCGAUCCGGACUAUUCGCUCCACACUCGCGAGUGUCGACGACCUCACUAAGAACGUCGCCAUCCGCGAUCUCAAAGCCCAGUUCGCAUGUACCGUCGGCAUAGGCAGUGAUGCCUGGGACCGUGUCACCAGUCUUCCACGGCCGGCUGAGCUGCACCCCUUUAUAACCGUUAAGGGUGCGGUCCACAGCGCUAUCGCGACGCCUGGCGAUUUGUUCUUCCAUAUACGCUCAGACCGGCAAGAUUUGUGCUUUGAGUUCGAGCGGCAGCUGUUGGACCUUCUAGGCGACUCUGUUGCAGUUAUCGACGAGACCAUCGGCUUCCGCUACUUUGAUGUACGCGAUCUGCUAGGAUUUGUCGAUGGCACGGCUAAUCCUGCUGGUCCUGCUAUUGGCGCCUCGACCCUUGUCGCUGACGAGGAUGCAUCCGCCGAGGGAGGCAGCUAUAUCGUCGUGCAGAAGUAUAUACAUGACCUUAAAGGAUGGCGUGCGCUCCCAGCCGAGACGCAGGAAGCCAUCAUUGGCCGCACGAAACUAGAUAACAUCGAGCUUGACGAUGCAGAGGCUGGAAAGCAGUGCAGUCACAAGACUCUGACUACAAUCGAGGACGAGAAAGGCGAUGAGCAUGAGAUCCUCCGUGACAAUAUGCCGUUCGGGUCCCCUGGCGCAGGAGAGUUCGGGACAUACUUCAUCGGGUACUCGCGGCGCCUAUGGGUCAUCGAGCAGAUGAUGCAGCGCAUGUUUAUCGGGGAUCCCCCUGGGCUACACGACCGUAUACUUAACUUCUCGAAACCGGUGACGGGCACAACAUUUUUCGCGCCAUCCGCUACCCUGCUCGCGAGCCUUGAUCCUAGCGAUUAAGGGCGUAGGGGAGGGUCUAGAUGAAAUCUCUGUAAAUGGGGUGUUACUCACUUAGUUGUAAAUACAUCAGUUGAACGGUUUUUUACUCACACGAAUGUACUCACAGUGUAGUAUAAAAUAAACCAAAUGAAUGAUUUUUCAACGUGGUGUUGUACUUUAUUACUCUUCACUGUUCAGGAAGCACUCAGUGUAGUACAAGGUAGUAUUCGGAAUAAAAGCGGCCGGGACAGACGGAGAUGAGGCUGGACCCGACAUGGUUGGUGUGUGGAUAUGUUAUAUCUCAAUGAGUUGGCCCCUGAAAAAUGCAAAUAAAAAUGGAAAAAUUACCUUCCGAUGAGGCACCGCCAUAUAUUCACCAUAAUUGAACACCUUUUCUGACUUUGGCGCCAUCUUACACCCUUUUUUUGGUUUGCUUUUAAACACCGGAAUUGUAGGGAUCUCUAGCCAAAUGUUGGCACCACAGUUUCGGGGACUAGAAGCCGCAACUAAAUGUGUCUUUUUAUUAAAUAUAUUUUAUACAUAAAGACGGGAUAACUAGGUAAUAACUGUUUGAUUCUACGGGGGCUGAGAUGCCUCCACGUUCUUGAGCCAGACUGUUCUGUUGAAAGGGG